UCCGUUGUUUGGAGUUAAAAUGAGCUCCCCAGCAGAAGAAGUUAAAAAGACUCGGAAAAGAGGAUUCCAAUACUCCAUUCGUCAUGUGAAUCGGAUAAUAAACCAAGAAAAAAAGAAAUAUAAGAAACAAUUAAAAGUCCGACAGGAAAGUUGGCUCAAAAAUCAACGGAAUCUUCCAAGUACUUCACAAGCCAUCAGUACUCCCCCAGAUCCAUUGCUUCUUCUCACUUCUUCCUCCCUUUCUUCCUCUGUUCCUCGUGCUCCUGAUUUUAACACAGCUAAUGAUAAUCAACACACUGAAAUUAGUGAUAAAUUAGUUGAAGCUAUUAUUAAAAAGCCAGUUGAUGCAGUCGAUUGUAGAGUACCACAAAAUACAUACACAAAAUUAUUACAUAUUUUAAAACAAGAUCUUGAUCUACCAAUUUCCAUAGAUGCACGGACAGUUCUGAAAACAAAAGAAGUUGUCCCAUAUGAAGCUCGUCAUAUGUUCCCUGGUUAUUAUUACCAUUUUGGAUUAAAGCAGUCUAUUAUUUCAGUGUUGGACAGAUUUAACUUUACACCUCUUGGAGAAUUACAGAUAGAAAUAAAUGUGGAUGGGUUACCACUUGCCAAAAGUAGUGGGAGUCAGUUUUGGCCUAUUCUAUGUAAUAUUGAAAAUCUCAAUAACGAUUUUGUUUUCCCUGUUGGAGUUUAUCAUGGUUUUAGUAAACCCGUAGACCCCAACGAAUUUUUAAAGUAUGUUGCCGAUGACUUUUUCCAAAUUAGUAGUCAAGGUUUUAAAUAUAAAAAUAAAGAUAUUCAGGUACGAAUUACAAAAGUGCUUUGCGAUGCUCCCGCAAAGGCUUUCAUUUUGAACAUUAAGAGCCACAAUGCCUAUUUUGGAUGCACAAAGUGUUCUACAGAAGGAAGCUUUGUGAAUAACAGAAUGACAUAUGAGGGGUUCAAAGCAAAAGUGGUGUAA